AUGGGCGGGAACACCUAUCCAAAGAAGUGCAUCCUCCUUGGCCUCAAACAAAGCGUUAUCGACGAUGCCAUAUCCGACCUUCGACGUGACCUACCGGAGACAGAGUUUGACUUCAUCUCAGCUCUCAGCAUUGACGCCAUGAAAGCAGAGCUUGAGAAGCAAGAUAUAGACCAGGUCUUUAUUGGGGCAGGUCUACCAACUGACAUCCGCGUCGAAGCGACCAAGACUGUCCUUGAGACUAGUCUGGUAACCGAAGUGCAUUUAAAGAAUUUCAGUGCUGGCCCUCAAGGUUAUACUCCCUUUAUUCGAGCAAUGUGCUACGGCAUCAGAGAGGCCCAGAAGCUGCAAGCAGCUCAGCCUUCGAUACAGGAGAAGAAGUACAUUUUGUACGAGGAUUAA